AUGGAAUCCUCCCUGCCCACCCACGCCAAGGACAACCCCAAUGUCUCCGCCGAAGGAGCACCGUCCAAGAAUGCGUUGAAGAAGGCGCAAAAAGAGGCUGAGAAGGCCGCGAAAAAGGCGGCAGCGAAGAAGGCGGAUGAAGAGAAGAGAGCGGCUCAACAAGCGCAAGCUGCGGAGGACACGGCCAAAGACAAGUACGGCGAACUACCCAAGGACGAGGCGCCAGUGGAGAUUACACAUUUGAAAAAGCUCGGGGAGGAACAUGUCGACAAAGAGGUGACAGUGAUUACGCGGAUUCACAACAGUCGAAGUCAGAGCGCAAAGUUGGCCUUCUUGAUGCUCCGGCAGCAGGGCAAGACGAUCCAGGCCGUGGUGGCAGCCACCAGCGAAGCGGUGUCGAGGCAGAUGGUCAAGUGGUCGGUGUCACUCAACGUGAACUCGUUCGUGAGAGUGACGGGUGUGGUCAAAAAGCCAGACCCUCCGGUUGCAUCGGCCUCGAUCAGCAACCUGGAACUCCAUGUCCAGAAAAUCUACCUUGUCGCCCGGGCCGCCGAGAUGCUUCCGAUGCAGGUCAAGGAUGCAGAACGUCCACCGCCUGCGACCGCCGAGGAGGGGCAAGUCGAUGCCGAGGGAGCUCCUAUCGUGACUUUGAAGACUCGGCUGGACAACCGCGUCAUUGAUUUGCAAACCGAGUGUAACCAGGCCAUCUUCACCAUUUCGAGCGCUGUGGAGGGGCUCUUUGCCGAAUACAUGAGGAAGAACGGUUCACGACAAUUCAACACACCCAAGCUGUUGGGCGCGGCGACCGAGGGCGGAAGUGGUGUCUUUACGGUGAACAACUACUUUGGCAAGAAUGGAUUUUUGGCCCAGAGCCCGCAGCUGCACAAGCAGAUGCUCAUUGCGGGUGACUGCGAAAGUGUGUUUGAGAUCGGCCCUGUGUUCCGUGCUGAGAACAGCAACACUCACCGACAUUUAUGUGAAUUUACUGGACUCGAUUUCGAGAUGGUCUUCGACCACCACUACCAUGAAGUCCUCGAGUUUGCGGAAAAACUGAUCGUGUUCAUUGUUCAAGAGUUGCAGGCGCGAUACAAGGACGAGAUUGCCGUGGUGCAGAAAUACUUCCCCCGGGCUGGUGAUUUCCGGAUCAAGGACGGCAAAGCGCUGCGGCUGAAGUACUUUGACGGUAUCAAGAUACUGCGCGACGCCGGCGUUGACACCACCGAACAGGACAACUAUGUGACAGAUUUGUCAACCGCACAAGAGAAGAAAUUAGGACAGUUGAUUCGUGAGAAGUACGACACGGAUUUCUACGUUCUCGACGAAUUCCCCAUGGUGGUACGGCCCUUCUACACCAAGCAGCAUCCCACCGACCCGAAACUGUCCAACUCGUACGAUUUCUUCAUGCGAGGCGAGGAAAUCAUGUCUGGAGCUCAACGUAUCAACGAUGCCGACGAGCUGGAAGCCGCCAUGAGAAGCAAAGGCCUCGACCCGAAUGCCGAAGGGUUCCAGGACUACGUCAAUGCCUUCCGACAAGGCUGUCGACCGCACGCAGGCGGUGGCUUGGGUCUGAACCGCAUUGUCAUGUUUUUUUUGGGCUUGGACAAUGUCAGACAAGCGACGCCGUUCCCUCGUGAUCCUCAGAGAUUGCGGCCUUGA